AUGGUCUCCGACAUGGAAGAGUUGAAGGAAGACAUGCUCAGCAAAGCACCUGAUGAAGCCGUGGCUGUUUACUCUCCCCUAAUACUCAGAACCAUGAUCUCAAAACCUGAGAGCUUGAGAAAUGUAAUCAAAGUGAUCAGGAGGAUGAAGCCGGCGGUAGUGGUAGUCACCGAGGUAGAAGCCAACCACAAUUCACCGCUAUUCAUUAGCCGUUUCACCGAAUCCCUCUUCUUUUAUAGCGCAUUCUUUGAUUGCCUGGAGGACUGCAUGGAGCGGAAUAAUGAGCACCGGAAGACGAUUGAGGGAAUCUAUUUGGGUGAAGGGAUUAGAAACAUGGUUGGGAGCGAGGGCGACAAAAGAUGUACCCGAAAUGUGAUGAUUGAUGUUUGGAGAGAGUUCUUCACAAGAUACGGGAUGGUGGAGGUCGAACUCAGCCAUUCAUCUCUGCAACAAGCUAAUAUGAUUCUCAAGAAGUUCCAUAAGGCCAGCUCCUGCAAUCUUAUCAAUACUGGUAAAGGUAUAGUCAUUGGAUGGAAGGGAACUCCCAUCCAUUCUCUUACUACUUGGAAAUUCAUGUAA